UGCCAUGCGUAACAGGUUGUUUAAAAUAGUGCACCACGUUUUGUUUGGUUAUUUAGAAAAUUAUUCAAAAUUAUUUUAAAAUGUAAAGGAAUUUUCUUGUUUAUCAUCCUGAUGAACUUAAUAAUCAAUAAAGCCCAAAUGGACAGAUAUUAUCGCUUAACGACAAUGGUAAUAACAUAUUAAUCUACCAGAAAGAGAGUGUUAUUUGAUAUCAUUCAACAAGGCAGAAGAUAAUUUUGUCUGUUAUCACAUAUUGUAUUGUUUUAUGGUACAGAGGAUCAAAAAGCUUUCGAUAUAUCCACCAUUAGAAUCACAUUAGUGUUAUGGUUAGAGUAGAGAACAUGCCUUAUCAAAUCCAAUACUUCCGAAUACUAUAUUAAACGACUAGGCUAGUGGCUGCUGGAAUUCAAUAAUAAGAAAUACUAACAUGCUGAAGUCUGGCAGAAUCGAUUUGACAAUUAUCAGGAUUAUGUUGAUAUGAGCAUUGAUAACACGAAAUAUUCAUCAGUCAUGACGCUGCUGACAAAAGUUCUAGUCUUACAAGGUCUCUUUACACUGACGAAAGCAAAUUUGGAACUUCUCUGGCCAUUUGACAGUAAAGCAUAUGCCCGUGAGGUGAACAUAAAUAGCCCAACUCAAGAUGAUUCUGCAGGGUGUGAUAUGACAUUUACUAACAUAAAGCCUUCUGGAUUUCCCGUCCAAAGCACGGCAUUUGACGGAAGCUCUCAUUACGAUAUAAGAAUUGAAGGGGUAGCUGUGAAUGACUUUUCUUUAUCUUUCUGGUUAAAUACAGCAAAACAGCAUGGAGCCUUAUUUCAUUAUAAACCUGAUGAUCCAAACACUGAUUUGAAGGAUAUUAAAUUGUGGCUUGAUACUAAACAAAUCCACUUUGCAAGGGUGUUACAAAGUAAAACCGAAACAGAAAUUUGUGGGUCAAGUGCGUCGCAAGACACGUGGUACUACAUUUCUUAUGGAAUAGAUAAAGUAACUGGGAAAAUGUGGAUGUACAUGGGUACCAGUAAAGUGUAUGAUAAGGAUGAAUCUUAUAAAGACAAUGUGAUUUUCCCUGUACCGGGCACUCUUCGGGUUGGUGGAAUGUUUGAUAACUCUGCAGGAAAUUAUGAAGGUUCCAUUACAUGUAUUGGCUUUCACAGUGAUUCGGAACCAAGUAGUUCCUUAACAAAAACGCCAUGUACUUCAUCGUCACGGAGUACAUUCACACCGUCAUGUAGUAGUAGCAUACGAGGGAACUAUGGUGGAUCAAAGGGACAAUUUCUCCUUUAUUCGGGGUCGAUCAAUGCCCUUGAAGAAAUAUUUAGUGUAAACACGUGCGGUGUGGUAGCAUGUGGGUCCAUGUGUUUAAAACAUGGGGAGUGUCUCUACAUUCAGUAUGACAAAUUAACACCAGAAUGCACAAGAUGUUAUCUAUUUAAAGUUGGUACUGGGAAUGCUAUAUCAGCUAAUGGACUUUUCUAUCAGUUAUCAUUUUUUGUGUGACAAGUAUAUAACAUUAGGCGAAACAAUACUUUUAAUCUGAAUGUAAGUGCUUCGAACAAUUAGUAUGUCCUUUGGAAGUGCUUGAAGUUAAAAUGGCUUAAACUGACAUUGUGGCAAUAAGUUUGCAUGCUAUAAAAUAUUUUAUAAUUAAUUGUAUAUAAGGAAAAAAACCCGUUGUAAGUUAUAUUAACUUCAAGUUGUAUGCCUAAAUUUGCUUAAGAUUUACUUGAUUAAUAUUGUUUUCAUACAAAAGUUGGCCUCGAGCUUACUUUUGAAAUAUGUUUAUAUUACACAAAAUCAAAUAUCCUUUCAAUUCAUAUUAAAAGAGUACGUAUUCUGUGUCCAUGUGUUUAUAAUAGUUCUUUUAAAAAAUGCAUGGAAAAAGGAUCUGCUUUUAAAUUAGAUUGUCUGUAAAUAUUUUUGGAAUUACAUAGCGAAAUAACUAUGUCUAUAUUCUGGUCAUAGACGAAAACUUUGUCGCAGUUUCUUUUUUAAUAUGUUAUGAUACUCUAAGUUUUUGUCAAAUUAUUAUAUUAUUCCUUCAGUAACAAAAUGUGUCCAUGAUUUUGGUUUGUCUGCUUUGUGCAUUGUUCCAUCUAUGUGUUUUCAUUUGUGUACCCUUUUCUAUUCCACUUUGAACAAUUUUGUAGGAAUAAAAAGAUCGAAGAUUUUGGGUUUAAUCUUAAAAGGAUGCAAUCUAAUGACAAAACAAAAUAAUAUUCCUUUUAAAAAUCAGGAGUAAAUUAUAGACGGGAAUCUAUACAUAAGGAGUCUGAAAAGUUUUGUAAGUGGUAGUAGUGAUAUUUGUUAGAGCGCCAAAGCCUAUCGAGACACUUUCAAGAUAAAAAGAUAUUGCAGAUUUUUCAAUACGUGAAGAUAUAUAUUUUUUUAAUGGUAAGAAGUCUUUGCUAAAUUAUUUGUUUCAUAUAUGAAAUUUACAUUGUCUUAGGACACGAAUGCCACAUCUCAAUAACCUGACUCACUACCCAAAUUUGAAGACGGUAUGAGUGUUGUGGUUAUAAGCUUUGUUUAUGAUUUUCAUAAAAUCUACAUGAGGUGAACUAAAGUAAAAGUGCAGAAACGAAAAUUGGACAGAGA